AUGGGACGCCCCUCGUCAGGUACCCGGAAUUGCAAUGCCCAACCACGCAUUAUGAGACAGCAAGUCCGCACUGUGCGAACGCUGUUUCCCGCCGAGAUCCACACCGGAUGGUCCGGCCCGGACAGUCCUUUCACCGCCUCCGACGUUUCUCACACGUGCACCACCGUCAAAGUCUCGUCAUCCGUGCUCGCCCACCUCACGCCAACUUCCGUCCUCGACAGCCGCCCGGUUCUCAUGGCAGACAGCGACUGGAGGACGCAAUUAUUGGCGUCAGAUCGAUAUGAAAACAUUCAGAGGAUAAAGUCUGUCUUGGAGACAGCUAGUCCGGAUGCCAAAGACACGUCACAGUCGGACGCAUUUUCUGUAGAAAAUCAGGCUUAUAAAGACUCGUCGUCCAGGGCUCAAUAUGACGAAAUCUGCCAGCUAGUCGGCUCAGCCAAUUUGUCUCGCCCGGAAGCCCCAGCACCUACUGAUGACCAACCUGAAGAUGCUGGCGUCAACAUUGGUUCUUACAAAAAUUGUGUUUCUUUUGCAAGUGGCUUAACGUCAGAAGUCUACCGAUGCAAAGAUCGAGCGCUCAAGGUCAUUGUGGAAACACACAAUAUUGAGCCUCACAAUCCGCAACGCGAGGCCAGGAUUCUAGCGACCUUGAAACGACCAUGCAUUCCACUUUUAGAAAUAUUCAGGGACCAAGAACAAAGAUUUGUUCUAGUAUUUCCUUACAAGCCCAUGACACUUGCCGAUGUCAUUGACAAAGGAACCAUUCCGCUGCCCCAGAUUAGACGUCUCUUCAAAGACAUCUUCACUGCACUCGCGAAUAUCCAUGGCCAAGGCAUCAUACACCGAGACGUCAAGCCCGAGGCCAUCCUGCUCGACGGCCCGGAAGGGCCAGCAUAUCUUUCUGAUUUUGGAACAGCCUGGCACCCGACCAUGUCGAUUGUCUCAGAGCCGGCCAAAUCCAAGAUCCUGGAUAUCGGGACCGGCCCCUACCGAGCGCCUGAAGCCCUCUUUGGUGAUAAAGCCUACGGUCCUUCUGUCGACGUGUGGGCGGCUGGGGCCAUGCUGGCCGAGUGCUGUCGCAGUCCCCCAAAGUCCCUGUUCAAUUCAAGACCCGCCCAUGAGGACGGCAACCAGCUGGGUUUGAUUCUGAGCAUCUUCAAAACUUUGGGCACGCCGACACGCGAGACUUGGCCCGAGGCUGCGAGCUUCAAGACGCCACCCUUUGAGAUGUACCGCAUGUUUGAUGGCCAACCGUGGACAGAGAUUCUUCCAGAGGUCAAUCCCCAUGCUCGAGAGCUGAUCUCGAGCUUGGUGCGCUUUGACUCUAAGAGGGCUACAGCGGAGCAAGCUCUACAGCACAAGUUCAUGAUAGGCACUGAGGAAAGUCAAACAUAG